AUGGUCCUUCUCACUUCGUCGACGGUCUCCGCCAUCGUCUCGAUGGGGGUGAUCGCCCUUUUCACAAUACUGUUAUUCUUCUCCGGCUACGUUUUACAGCAACAAUCCGUGCGAAACAUUCAAAGCGCACUACGACCUCCGUCUGACCCUGUACCCGUGAAAGGACAUGGAGCCGCAUUCCAGAAACCCGCACAGAAACGUGGUCUAUCGGGCUCAGAUCUAGGGCAAGGGGCCGAUCAAGAGAUACUACUAGGGAGUCAAAAUCGUCACGCGAGCUUCAGCUCCAAGGGAAACUAUGCAUAUCUCCAGCUCCUAUCCAGCCCAGACCCAUCCGAUAUCUGCUCUGCGAUCCUGUUUUUCAAACAACUGGCGACAAACGGGACAGCCAUUCAGGACCGCCUCUUUAUGUACCCGCAACAAUGGGAUCGCAUGUCUGCUAACGAACUUGGGAAGCCUGCUUCCGUUGCUCUAUCAAUUCUACGCACCGCGAGCAUCAAGUACGGCAUCUGGCUCCUCCCCAUCGAUAUGACGGCUGCCACUUCACAAGGCUACGAGACAACAGACUCCAAGUUAUUACGCUUGGGGCAGAUCCAGUUCAUGCAAUACGAUAGUGUGUUGUAUCUACAAACACCAGGCAUGAUCCUCGAUACUGAGCGACUUGACGAAGUCCUGCUUUCACGACCACUGCCGCUCAGGCACGAUAAGAACCGACCCGAGUCAUUCAAUAACGAGGCGUGGAUCCCAAUGCCCCUUCGUGCGGAACGUGAUAAUCAAUUGCCGCCUGUCUAUUUGAUUACUGUCAAUAAUGUUGGCGGUGGGCAUGUUGAAGCUCGCACGCAUAUACCCAACAUUGCCCUUCCAGGAUUUGGUAGUCUCGUUACUCCACCGUGGGGUUACAAGCCUGCGGACACCGGCGAUGACACUAUUCAACAGCCGGCCUAUGUUUAUUUUGAAAACGACCGCGAUGGCCGGGUUAAGUGGGCUGGAAACCCACUCUUCGGCACCUGGCGAGCACAGCAGUAUGAAGUUUGUGAAGGGCUGGAUCUUGACGACGAUAUCUACCACGAGCAAUGA